AUGAGUGGUGACAGCAGAGAAACCCUGCUCCUCCCCAUCCUGCCCUGUGAAUGGGACACUCAGGUCCAGUCCUUGCCUGGAGACACGGGAGCUCCACUGAGGCGAAGUCCCCAGGGCCGGCCAGCCCAGCAGAGAAAGCUUGAGCUCUCCCAGAGCCGUGACCGGCAGCGGGUUCAGGCCUUCCACUCCAGCCUCUGUGCCUGUCUUCCCAUCACCAUCACCAUCACCGUCCCUGGCCGACCUCUGACCCCUCGCGUCCUGUUACAAGGGCACUUACUCUCAAGGAGGCCAGGUUUUGGAGGAGGGGCAGGGAGCAGUCUGUGUGAACACCGCCUGUGGUCCGGACCCUCGUCCAGCCUGGGCUGCUACACGGGCCUCACCGCCCUCUUCAGCUCACACCGGUCAUCUUCCCACGGAGGAACCAAGGAGGACAUGGUGACAGCCAUGGAGGGGCAGACCCAAGGGAACAGAGGCCUAACAGAGAAGCCUCACCCUGCGGCCGCCACCCCCAGCUUGUCCUCGCUGGGCGCCGUCUUCAUUCUCAUCAAGUCUGCACUGGGAGCUGGCCUGCUCAACUUCCCCUGGGCCUUCCACCAGGCGGGAGGCGUGCUGCCCACCUUCCUGGUGGUGCUGCAUGCCACCCCCCUGGGGUGGCUGGCUGGAGUCCUGCGGUCCUUCUUACAGGUCUCCUUGGUCUUCCUGACCAGUGGGCUGGCCAUCCUGGGCUAUGCAGCCUCCGUCAGCGGCCAGGACUCCUACCAGGGUGUGGUCCGCGGGCUGUGUGGCCCGGCCAUGGGGAAGCUGUGUGAGGCCUGCUUCCUGCUCAACCUGCUCAUGAUCUCCGUGGCCUUCCUCAGGGUGAUCGGGGACCAGCUGGAGAAGCUGUGUGACUCCCUCCUGCUCGGGGACCCCCAGCCCUGGUACGCUACCCAGCGUUUCACGCUGCCCCUGCUGUCUGUGCUGGUCAUCCUGCCCCUGUCGGCACCCAGGGAGAUCGCUUUCCAGAAGUACACCAGCAUGCUGGGCACCUUGGCUGCCUGCUACCUGGCUCUGGUCGUCACGAUGCAGUACUACCUUCGGCCUCCGGGGCUGCUGCGGGAGCCUCCGCCUUUGCCAAGCCCCGCCUCCUGGGCCUCUGCGCUCAGUGUCUUUCCCACCAUCUGCUUCGGGUUUCAGUGCCACGAGGCGGCCGUGUCCAUCUACUGCAGCAUGCGUCGGCAGAGCCUCUGCCACUGGGUCCUGCUCUCCGUGCUGUCCCUGCUGGCCUGCUGUGUGGUCUACUCGCUGACAGGGGUUUACGGCUUCCUGACCUUCGGGACGGAGGUGUCCUCGGACAUCUUGAUGUCCUACCCUGAGGACGACGUGGCUGUCCUCGUGGCCCGUGUGCUCUUCGCGGUCUCCAUUGUGACAAUCUACCCCAUCGUGCUCUUCCUGGGGAGGUCCGUGCUGCAGGACUUCUGGAAGAGGAGCUGGGGCGCGCAGGGUCCCUGGGCGCUGGCCGACCCCUCGGGGCCGUGGGUACGGCUGCCGCUGACUGUCCUGUGGGUGGCCGUGACGCUGGCCCUGGCCCUGGUGCUGCCCGACCUCAGCCAGAUCACCCGCACCGUCGGGGGCGUCAGCGCCUUCUUCAUCUUCAUCUUCCCGGGUCUGUGUCUCAUCUGUGCGGCGGACGUGGAGCCUGUGGGACCAGGAGUCCAGUGCUGCCUGGAGCUGUGGGGGGCGCUCUCCGUGCUGCUCGGCACCUUCAUCUUCGGGCACAGCACGGCAGUGGCUGUCUUGGAGCUCUUCUAGGGGUGCCUGUGGCCGGUCCCUGUG